AGGAUGAGCUGUGGGUACAUCCUGUGCACCAUCCUGCUCUCGGUGGCCGUCCUCCUGGCGGUGACGGUCACGGGGGCCAUCCUCUUCAUGAAUCACUACCACACGCCCGUCACCGAGCCGCCCCCCGUCAUCAGCACCAACCCUGAGGAAGCCAAUGCGCUGGUCACCAUUGAGAAAGCCGACAGCUCCCGCAUCAACAUCUUCAUCGACCCCAACUGCCCCGACACGGCGGGCACCUUCGGGCGCCUGGAAGGGCUGCAGACCUCCCUGCUGCGCGCCGUCACCGACCACGACGCCGAGGCCAAGGCCACCAAGAGCCAGCAGAAGGCCCUGCUGGUCACGGUGGCGGACGAGGUGGCCAAGCUGCUGACGCACACUGUGCAGCUGCGCGCCGACUGUGAUGGCCUCAAGAAGGGGCAUAAUGCCAUGGGGCAGGAGCUCAGCGCCCUGCAGAGCGAGCAGGGCAGGCUCAUCCAGCUGCUCUCAGAGAGCCAGACCAACAUGGCUCGGCUGGUGAGCUCCGUCAGCGACGUCCUGGACACGCUGCAGAAGGAGCGCGGCAGCGCCCGGCCCCGGCUCAAGGCUGACCUGCAGCGAGCGCCGGCCAGGGGACCACGGCCCCGGGGCUGCUCCAAUGGCUCCCGGCCCCGAGACUGCUUUGACAUCUAUGCAAGCGGACAGCAAGAGGAUGGGAUUUACUCCAUCUUUCCCACGCACUACCCCUCCGGCUUCCAGGUCUACUGCGACAUGACAACCGAUGGGGGCGGCUGGACGGUGUUUCAGCGGCGGGGGCGCGGCCCCACGGUCUUUUUCCGCGGCUGGGAAGCCUACCGGGACGGCUUUGGGAAGCUGACGGGAGAGCACUGGUUAGGGCUGAAGCAGAUCCACGUGCUGACGGUGCAGGGCAGCUACGAGCUCCGCAUUGACCUGGAGGACUUUGACAACAGCACCGCCUUCGCCCACUACGGCAGCUUCGGCGUGGGGCUCUUCUCUGUCGACCCUGAGGAGGACGGGUACCCUGUCUCCAUCGCCGACUACUCAGGGACGGCAGGCGACUCCUUUCUGAAGCACAACGGGAUGAAGUUCACCACCAAGGACCUGGACAACGACCACUCGGAGAACAACUGUGCGGCUUUCUACCAUCCCCCCUGGCGGUGGUGCCCCCACCCCUGCCACACCUCCAACCUCAACGGGCAGUACCUCAAGGGCCACCACAGCUCCUAUGCCGAUGGCAUCGAGUGGUCCUCCUGGACCGGCUGGCAGUACUCCCUCAAGUUCACCGAGAUGAAGAUACGGCCUGUCCGGGAGGAGAAUUAG